GUGACGAUUCCUAAAAUUUAUACUCACGCGUAAGUUCCAUUCACUGUACUUUGAUCAAUUUAUAUUUGCGGAACUAAACAAAACAUACGUACCCAUUAUUAUAUGCUGACCAACAAGACAGACACUGAAAAAAAUAAUCAUCUCCAAUUACUAAAUAUGAUUCGAUAAUGUCAAUGUUACAUUAUUUUGUUGUUAAUUAAGUUUACAUUAUGGACCCUGUCGAGCACAAAAGCAAAAGUUGUAAGCACGAUUGUGUACAGUUGUUUUGAAAAUGUAUUAGCGUUUUCCGACUUGUGUUGCUGUCUGUACAGUAUGACUACUGUGACGAUGGCUCAGAACUUCACCUAACCGUUUUCAGUCGUCCUUCUCUCCGCUGCCGAGCGAGUCGCGCUACGCCCGCGCGCCCAAUAUAUCGAUAACUACGACAUUGCACUUUCACAUUUUUUUUUUUUUAAGUGAUCAGUUGGAUAACACGUGACAGUUUAUAACUUUUUAAAUUGUUUGGCGAGUUGUGGAUGGUCUGUUUGUUGCAGAUUGUAAAGACAAACAACUAUGAAGGAUGAGAAAUUUAAUAGAGUAUAAUUGAAACGAACAAUCUUCAAAAUGUCUAACAAAUCGCAGAUGCUUAUGGAUAUUUUCCAAGAGAUAUUAGCGGCGUCUGGGAAUGCUUCGGACAGUGGGAUCAAUGAGACACAGAUAGUUUCAGUGUUGAGGGAGCAAGCGGUCCGUGGGGGAAGGGGCGAUGAGAUUGAAUCUCUCCUUGUGAAGAUGAUGAGGGAUGCUAAGAGCAGGCUGAACUUAAGCUUGAAACCUGACACGUGCGGUUACUGCGAGGGAGACUUCAGAGACAUAAUCAUGGCCUACAAUGGUAUCCAUGGUUACGUGAGCUUGUUGGUCUGCACAAUAGGGGUUUUAGCGAAUACAAUGAACAUUGCGGUGUUGACACGAAGGGACAUGGCUGCGGCACCUAUCAAUAGGCUACUGAAAUGGCUUGCAGUUGCUGAUGUCUUCGUCAUGGUCGAAUACGUACCUUUCGUCAUUUAUAGGCAUUUGGUGUUACCAGAAAAAUUGGACUUCCCGUACUCGUGGGCGAUGUACCUGCUAUUUCACAUGCACUUCGCACAAAUACUCCACACAGCGUCAAUAUGCCUCACACUAUCUUUGGCUAUAUGGAGAUAUAUUGCGAUAAAGUACUCUGAAAAAAGUCACAUUUUAUGCACGGAGCGCAGAUGCAGCAUCGCCAUACUUACCAGCUUUAUAUUACCGCCAAUACUGUGUGCACCGACCUUUAUGGUAUUUGAUAUUCACACGAAGAACGUGACGGACAAGUUCGGUAACCCCGACAUCGCGUACCAUGUUGACUCAGAUUACGAAGGUACACUCUACCAGGCGAACUUUUGGGUGCAUGGGGUGGUCAUCAAGCUGCUACCUUGUUCCAUACUUACGGUGAUCAGCGUCUGGCUGAUACGAGCGCUGUAUAAUGCGAACCAGCAUCAGAAGAAGUUGAGGAACUACAGUGCCUGUCCUGCCGCUGAGAAAAUGGUGAAGAGGCAGAAUAAAGCUGAUAAAAGAACUGACAGAACAACGAAGAUGCUGUUGGCAGUUUUAUUACUGUUUCUGGUAACGGAACUUCCCCAAGGGAUCAUGGGACUGAUGAGCGGCUUGCUCGGCUGGUGCUUCUUCAAACGCUGCUACGAUCUUUUCGGCGAGUUGAUGGACUUCCUGGCGCUGUUGAAUGGAGCGAUCAACUUUGUGUUGUACUGCUCGAUGUCGCGGCAGUUCCGUCAGACCUUCAGGCAGCUGCUCCUCCAGCCGCACCUGGCCAGGUUCCUGCCGCCCGCGGCUUCGCAUUCCGAGUCCCACAACCAGAACACGUGCACAGAAAAGAUAAAAAGGUAACUACAGCCGAGCUUCCCCUUAAAAAUGGAGAUUGCAAAGACAUCGGUGCCGUGAGGCCGGGUGAAGCAAGGUCACGCGCCCAUGAUACGGGAACAUUUCCUAUAGUCCAGGUACUAAAUAAACAGUUCCAAAAGACAAAACUAGUGCAAUAAGUGAUCAGUGUUUAAGUGUAGUCGAGUUCAGCUUGGCAAUAGGGAUGUGUAUAGCUGUUGCGUUGUCGGUAACUUUAAAAAAGGACUAUCUUUAAGUGUAAAUAUA